GUUAGCUAGAUAGGGGAUCUGACCAUUUGAACGCGACCACUUCCGUAUCCUUCGAAAUCCAUCCCAUCGAGCUCUCUCGAGCCCAACAACGCACACACCAAAAAAAAAAGGAAAAGAAAACAGCACAAGUGAAAGCGGGGAGUCAAUCCAAUGUUAUCGCGUCGUUGUCUUCCGCUGCUUUCGGCGAUGCAGGGGCGUUGUGGGAGCGGGGGGUGGGCGUCGCGCACUCCCCUCUCCGUCUCCCGGCGGCGCUACGCCGGAGAGGCGUUCACGGCGAACCUCGUCGCCCAUACCACCUCCCUCUCCGCCUGCACGUCACUCUCGACGAUGCUCUACAGCCCGCUAGGGACCGCCAUGCUAGUUUUGCUCGCCUACAACGUCGUCGUCGUCGGAGGGAAGCACGCCUUCUACCUGCUCGAGCUCACCGCGAAGGAUUACGUGCAGGAUCCGCAGCUCUACGUGAUCGUCCGAUAUGGCGUCCUCUUGUGCAUUCUGCUUGGGAUGGAGGUGAUUUUUGUGGAGGUUUAGCGGUUUGGUUUGGGAAAGUAAUUCGCUUUUCAGGGGAAAUAGAGGGUGAAGAAAUUUUAAAAAAGAACCUAAACUCGAUAUAUAUAUAUCCAUAUUUAUAGCAAACUUUAUCGUCAUUUAGUCAUAUUCCACCACCUAAGGUGUUUAGCAGAAGAAGAAAGAGUCGUCAUUUACGGUUAGGAGGUGUCGAAAAGGCGGAGCUCAGUAGGAGUAUUAUCACAGUAAAACUUUCAUUUAUUUUUAGCAUGUUUUUCUUGUUUUUCCCUCUUUGCUUGCUCGACUUGUUACCAUUUAUUAUUGAAACGUACUUGUAGAACCCAUACGAAGACGGCAAAUUCGGUCUUGCCAAA